AUGAAAUAUUGGUUGAUAUUACUAUUGCAAGCAUUAGCAGUGUUAGCAAGGUCUCCUACCGGAGGAUAUGCUCCUGGGAAUGUCACAUGUCCUGAUAAAGAUAUAGUAAGAGAAGCUAACGAUCUUUCAUCAGAAGAACAAGAAUGGUUAGAGUCCAGAAAUCCAAUAACAAAACAGAGAAUUACUCAAUUCUUAAAAGACUCCAAUUUAACCGACUUUGAUGUCGAUGAUUUCAUGAAAAAUGUCAACGAUACCAUUAAGAUUGGUUUGGCGUUUAGUGGUGGAGGUUAUAGAGCUAUGUUGAAUGGAGCUGGUCAAUUGUUAGCUUUAGAUGACAGAUAUGAACCUUCAAACACUGUCGGUUUAGGUGGGAUCUUACAAAGUUCCACUUAUUUGGCUGGAUUAUCAGGUGGUAAUUGGUUAGUUGGAUCUUUUGUCUUAAACAAUUAUACUUCUAUUGAUCAAAUCAUUGCUACUGAUGCUUUAUGGGAUUUAGAGAACUCUAUUAUCGAUUAUGGUGGAUGGAAUGUUAUUGAAGCUGUUAAGUAUUAUACUCAAAUUUAUGGAGCUUUGAAUGAUAAAGGUGAUGCUGGUUAUGACAGAUCUAUCACUGAUAUUUGGGGUAGAGCUUUAUCAUAUCAAUUAUUAUCAAAUUAUACUGAAGCUGGUGUUGAUGUUUGUUGGUCAGAUAUUAGAGACUUACCCUUAUUCAAAGACCAUGAGAUGCCUUUCCCAGUGGUGGUGGCUGACGGUAGAACUCCAGGUGAAUAUAUCAUUAGUGGUAAUUCAACUGUUUUCGAAAUCAAUCCUUUUGAAUUGGGUAGUUGGGAUCCUUCAGUUAAUCAAUUCGUUGAUGUUAAAUAUUUAGGUACUCAUUUGGAUGAUGGGAAACCUGUUGAUGAUGUUUGUGUUUCUGGUUAUGAUAAUGCUGGUUUCAUCAUGGGUACAUCAUCAUCAUUAUUCAAUCAAUUCAUUUUACAAUUAAACACUGUUUCCUUACCUGAUGUUGUAAGCGAUAUAUUACAAAAAAUCUUGAAUAGUGUCAGUAAUGAUGAAAACGAUAUUGCAAUUUAUGAACCAAAUCCUUUCAAAAACUCCAAUGACGGAGACUUCAAAUCAAUUUCUGAUAACGAAACAUUAUUUUUAUGUGAUGGAGGUGAAGAUUUACAAAAUGUUCCUUUAUAUCCAUUAAUGCAAGCAGAAAGAGCUUUGGAUGUUGUAUUUGCUUAUGAUAAUUCUGCUGAUACCAAUCAAAGUUGGCCUGAUGGGGCUUCACUUAUUGCCAGUUACGAAAGACAAUUUUUACCUCAAGGUAACGGUAGUAUUUUCCCUUAUGUCCCUGAUAAGAACACUUUUAUUAAUCAAAAUUUAACUUCAAAGCCAACUUUCUUUGGUUGUGAUGCCAAAAAUUUAACUACUUUAAGAAAAAACUUAACUGAUGAUGACCAUAUUCCUCCUUUAUUGAUUUAUAUGGCUAAUAGACCUUUUAGUUAUUGGUCAAAUACUUCAACUUUCCAAUUAAGUUAUGAUGACGAUGAAAAGAAAGGUAUAAUACAGAAUGGUUUCGAAGUAUCUUCAAGAUACAAUAGAACUUUGGACGAUGAAUGGAAUGCAUGUGUUUCAUGUGCUAUUAUCAGAAGAACCCAAGAAAGAUUAAAUCUUGAACAAUCAGAACAAUGUAAACAAUGUUUCGAAGAAUAUUGUUGGGAUGGCACCACUGAUGCUUCUACCACUCCAGGAGUAAAUUUCACCGAAACCGGAUCCACUACAGGAGCCGCAGAUCCUGUUGAGAGUUAUGAAGGUACUUUCAAUACCUCUGAUAGAGGUCAUGAAACUGACGAGGAAGAAGAUGGUAAAGAUAAUGCUGGUUUUAGUCUUUCCGAUCAUAAAGCUUUAGUUGCCAGUAUUUUUUAUGGAUCUUUGGUUACAUUUUAUUUCCUUAUUUAG